AUGGCUAAAACAGAAAAUAGUGAGACGCAAAGUAAACGUCUGCCUACGAUCAAUGAAGCCCAUCCUAUGGAGCAUUAUCCAAAGCUAUCAAAUGUCGAAAAAGAAAAGGGAUUAACUACUGCUACACCUGAAAUUGCAAAUCGUCGAGCUUUAAAUGAGGUUAAAAUAAACAAUCAACAAAUAUCAGAUGUUCCUAUCCAAGGACCUGUUACAGCAAAACCAAUAUUGAAAGUACGAAGAGAAGAGAGUGACCUUAUGUACGUUACCUUGAAGAAGAGACGUAUCUAUCACGAUAGUAUAGAGUCUCAGAAAAGUCAACAUUCUUUAGAUACGGCAGAAAUACCGAAAAUCCAAUGGGAAGAUUUGGAUACACCAGAAAUGAAUGAUGUAUGCAUGGUAGCCGAGUAUUCUAACGAGAUAUUUACAUUUCUCUAUCAACAUGAGUUAGAGUUACUCCCCAGUCAUAACUACCUACUUGACAAUUCAUCGAAGUACUUUAUCAGACCUUCGAUGAGGGCAAUUUUGGUAGAUUGGUUAGUCGAAGUACAUGAUAAAUUCCAAUGUUAUCCAGAGACUCUCUUUUUGGCAAUCAAUAUAAUGGAUAGGUUCCUUUCACAAAACAAGGUGUCAAUGAAUAAGCUUCAGUUAUUGGCUAUUACAUCAUUAUUUGUUGCUGCGAAGUUUGAAGAAGUCCAUCUGCCUAAAUUAUCCGAAUACUCAUAUAUUACUGACGGUGCAGCAUCAAAAACUGAAAUUAAAAACGCUGAGAUGUUCAUGUUGACAUCGUUAGGAUUUAGUCUGGGAUAUCCAAAUCCAAUGAAUUUCCUACGGAGAAUAUCGAAGGCAGAUUCUUAUAAUUUUGAGACCAGGAAUAUUGCAAAAUGUAUCCUAGAAUUUAGUAUAUGUUAUCACAGCUUCAUAACGCUUAAACCAUCAUUGCUCAGUACUAUGGCCAUGUAUCUUGCCAGGAGGAUAGUUAAUGCUGACCAGGUGUUAUGGAAUGAAACAUUGAGACAUUAUAGCGGUGGUAUCGAUCCGCUUUUGGAUGAAACAUUUCAAUCAUAUUGUAAAGAAUUGAUUAGUGAAAUUUAUUGUCCAAAAACAAAACUACCUGCGUUAAUCUUGAAGUUCAAGACCCCGAGAUGUCAUUCAGUAUAUUUCAGAAUUCAUAAAUGGUGUGGGAAACAACUAACCGAGAAGUUUGAUGGUUUGUUUGAUAUGUCCUAA